AUGGCGCCGAAAAAACCAAAGGCCCCUUCUACGGCGGAGCCCUCAGCUAAGGACAAAGGAGCCAAAGACAAGGGCAAGCCAGCAACAGCAACACCUCCCCCUGCAGAGGCCAAACCACCGGACCGGCCCCCCGGCUAUAUUGAGAUGAAGCCGUUUCAACGGCUCCCCAAGGAGGUGCUUCACAACCACUGCCAGAAGCAUAAAAUGCCUAAGCCGCAGUACGAGCAGCGCCGGGCCCCCAAGGGCUUCUUCAAGACCGAGUGUAUCCUCAGCAACCCCAAGGAUAGUUCAAAGACAAUGCGAGAGGCGUGGCUGUCUCUGUCUGGGGAGACACCCCAGCAGCAGCAGCAGCAGCAGCAGCAGCAGCAAGAGAGGCGUGGCUGUCUCUGUCUGGGGAGACACCCCAGCAGCAGCAGCAGCAGCAGCAGCAGCAGCAGCAGCAGCAGCAAGCAGCAGCAGCAACAGGGGGGCCGAAGAAACCAAACGCAAAGGCAAAAGCAACAAAGGGAGGGGGAACAAAUGCACCGAAAACCACUCCUGCUGCAGCUGCUGCAGCUGCUGCUGACACUGGCAGCAACGGGCCAGCAGCAGCAGCAACAGCAGCACCAACUGCAGCAGGAACUCCGGAAGCAGCAGGAGCAGCAGGACCACCUGCUGCUGCUGCUACUGCUGCUGCUGCUAGCCAGAAGGCCCCUAUUGGUGGUUCUGAUACGGCCCCUUCAAGCGGAGCCUCAGGGCCCCCCAGCGGGGCCCCCAGUGGGGCCCCCAGCGGGGGGGCCCCCAGCGGGGCCCCCUCAGGGGCCCCUAUAUGCGUGCAGAUAA